UCUCAUCAGUUUUUCUGUUGUUGGCGUCUUGAUCUGAUUUGUGUCGUCUGUCUGUCUCUGUCUGUGUCGUCUUCCUCCACUUGUUGCUCACUGUUACUGUGAUGGAUCUGGAUCUCAGGACUGUCAUGAUCUCAGCUCUUUUACUCAUGGUGGCUGAUAAGACAACACCUAAUCCACUCAACAAGACUGCCACCACCCCUCAGGACAACACCAACACCAGUGCCUCUCCCAUACCCAGUGAUACUAAAACGACUAUUGCUACCACCAUCCCCACCACCAUCCCCACCACCUCUGCACCUGUCCCGGGCUUCCUCAAUAUCACAUGGAGGAAGAACUGUGAAGGAGAUGUUAAAAUGAUGCUCUACCACCACUCCAAAGUCUUCGCAUUUCCUGUUUGUCACCACAGUGAGACAAAUUUCUCGAGUCUUUUUGGAAAUGUGUGUGCAAACAAGAAAGGUUGUAAAGGCGAAGCGCAAUGGGUUCCAAGUAAAAACAGUGAGACAGAGUGUUAUUCCCUCAAGGAGAGAGAAUCAGGGAAGAAGAUCAACUGUAAGGCACUGAUGGUCAAGUGCGACGUUGAGGUCAUUGAAGAUCUAGCCGGGAAGCUGCAGGCCCACAAAGUGGUGGUAGCUUUGCUCUGCUGUGUGCUGGUGGUCUUGAUUCUGGUCCGCUUCACCAAACCCACUGUCAAAGCCCUGCAGAAGAGACUAUCAGACAAGAGGCAGAGCCGCUGGAUCGGACCCACACAGAGUCACAGUGUGUCUUACCAUCGAGGAAAAAGUGCAGUGAAAAACAACGACGGAGACAAGAGAUGGUCCUACCCUGCUUUGGAACGACUUGCAGUAAGAGACAGCAGAGAACCUUCAUCGAACAGGAACAGUGACUGCAACUACUGACACAUCAUCAUCAUCAUCAUCAUCACCAUCAUCAUCAUCAUCAUCAUCAUCAUCAUAUCUUAAGUGAAUUUAGCAAGCCUCUUUAUACAUCAAACUGGAAAAUGUCGAACCAGAACAAGUCCUAUCAACGUGACUGAAGGUGUGUUAGGACGUCAUAUUUGAAUGGAACGUUACAAUAUUUUUGGAAACACUUUAUAUUCAUCAUUGUAUAUUGUGCUUUUAGCAGUUAGCACUGGAGCUACUUCUUAAAUAACAACUGCAAAGUGACUGCACACAGGAAGUCCUGGGUGGUGUUGUGGUGGUUUUGAGCUCCAUCCAGGUGACUCUUGGAUGUGUAGGUGACUAGCUUGUUUGCUAACAAGCUCCAACAUGUACAUCAGACAGCUCUGAGGUUGUUAGAAGGUUUGUUUCUCUCUUUCAUGUUUUAUUCUUCCAGUCUUUGAGCCCUGCCAUGAUAGAUACGUCCAGGAUGUACUGGAUCUCUGUUCUGGACAAACAGCGAUAAAACUAAGAAACUAGAAACUCACAAAGUGAUUCAAUAAUAGCAAAAGUUUCAAAAAUGUUGGAAUGUUCCUUAAAUCAUAAAAACAUUCUUCAACAAUAUCUGAGAAUACCGAUUUAAUAAAAUCUUCUUCAUUGACACUGUGAUUAACUGUAUUUCUUUUGUUGUUGUGAUUUUUUAAUUAUAUUUUC